AUGGCUUCAUCAGGAACUAGUUUGGGAUCUAGCUCUUGGAGAAAACCGAAACACCAACAACACUUCCAAGUGUGCUUCUGUUUCAAGAGGAUAUUCAAGCUUAAGGUGUCGGAACCGCCAGAGGAAAUCCGAAGUAUCUUCGAGAAGUUCUCGGAAAACAACAAUGGCACGGUGAUGAGUGUUGAUGGGCUCUACAGAUUCUUGGUUCGGUUCCAAGGAGAAAGAGAUUGUGAUGAUACAAAACACAAGGCUCAAGCUAUAUUUGAUAGUCACAAGCAUCUCUUCUUGUUCCAAAGGAAAGGCUUUCAUCUUGAUGCAUUCUUUCGCUAUCUCUUAGGUGAUGAUAAUGCCCCUCUUCUUCAGGUUGGUCAUGACAUGAGAAGCCCACUGGCCCAUUAUUUCUUAUACACGGGCCAUAACUCCUACUUAACAGGUAAUCAAUUUAGUAGUAAUAGCAGCACCGCCCCAAUUAUAAAGGCACUCAAGAAAGGUGUUAGAGUCAUCGAACUUGAUUUGUGGCCUAACUCCACUGGUAAUUCUGUUGAAGUUCGUCAUGGAAGGACUCUAACUAGUCCGGUGAAACUGAGAGCUUGUUUGAAAGCAAUUAAAGAAUAUGCAUUUUAUGCUUCUAAGUAUCCUGUUGUUAUAACUUUUGAAGACCAUAUAACUCCACCUCUCCAAGCUAAAGUUGCCAAGAUGGUGAAUGGCAUAUUUGGGGACAUGCUGUAUCGCCCUUCUUCACAACACAUUAUGAAUAAGUUCCCAUCUCCAGAAUCACUGAAGGAAAAGAUUCUAAUUUCAACCAAACCACCAGAAACUCCUGAAGAAGAUCAAGAGCACAACGAAGAAAGAUCAUCUGAAGUCAACUAUAUGAUGCGAUAUAAUUCAUAUGACAAGGAUAAAAAUGGAGAUGAAGAUGAAGAGAAAGAGGAUAAUUCUCUAGAAUACAGAGAUUUAAUCUCAAUUCAUGCGGGGAAACCAAAAGGUGGGUCAGGGAAUUUGUUCAUUAGUCAUGAAAAAGUAAGGCGUCUAAGCUUGAGCGAGGACCAGCUUGAGGAAAUUGCUAAAACAAGGGCAACAGAAAUUGUCAGAUUCACCCAAAAGAAUCUGCUUAGAAUAUAUCCAAGGGGCACGCGUGUGGACUCAUCUAAUUACAACCCCAUGGUUGGAUGGAUGCAUGGAGCUCAGAUGGUAGCCUUUAAUAUGCAGGGACAUGGGCACUUGCUUAGGAUGAUGGAAGGAAUGUUCAGAGCAAAUGGUGGGUGUGGCUAUGUCAAGAAACCAAAUAUCUUGUUGGAUGAGAACGAGGUCUUUGAUCCUAGUGCAUUUAGACUACCUAAAAAAAAUCUGCAGGUUAUGGUGUACAUGGGUGAAGGUUGGCGUUCAGAAUUUUCCCCAACACACUUUGAUUUAUAUUCUCCUCCUGACUUCAGUGUAGAGCUUCGUAUCUAUGGUGUCCCAGCAGAUGAAAGUAUAAAAGAAACAAUGACAAUGGAAGAUGAGUGGGUACCUGUAUGGAACCAAGAAUUUAUCUUCCCAUUAACGGUUCCGGAAUUGGCACUCUUAUACAUCAAAGUGGUCGAACAUGACUUCAAAGGAAAGAAUGAUUUUGGAGGACAAACAUGUUUGCCUGUUUCUGAGUUAAGACAAGGCAUUCGUUCGAUUCGUUUGUGUAACCAAAAAGGUGAACCUUAUAAGCAUGUAAGGCUUCUUAUGCAAUUCCAAUUUAUAUAAAAACAAUAACAACAAUAGUAACAACGAAGGUUCUAUAAUAGAAGUUGAAGUUGUGUGUGUGCG